AUGCACUUCACGGUACUUGCUUCGCUAUCCUUGCUGGGCGUCGCCACGGCCUUCAAGGACUCGGUCGAAGCGCAGAUCGUGACAAAGCAAGUCCAGACGGUCAACGGCACCGUCGAGUAUAGGACUGUUUGCAAGACGUGUCCGUAUACCUUGUGCCCCCAUCUCGAAGCACCCUGGGGCGGUGAUGUUUAUUCCUUGACCUGCUGGACAUAUGGCGACCGUGUCGGAGACUCUCAAUUGUGGUUGAAAACAACGACGGGAUGCUACCUUUCAGAGUAUGAUCUCGUUGAGUAUGCGGGCGAUUUCAGGGAGGAUCUCGCCAGUUGCGGCCAAGUUCCGUACGAAGUCACCGAGCAGCCAGCUCAGAUUCGCUAUCUCACCGAAUGCAAAUGGGGAUACUCUACGAGUGCCGAAUCCAUCACCUACUACGGACGAGAUCUCGACUUGACUCUGCUCUGCUGGGCUGAGGGCGGGACCGUCUAUGGAGAUUCUUACUGGUACAAGACAACCGACAACUGCUGCGUGAGCGGCUCGGGUCUCUGGGAAACUCCUGAUCGGAGCCAACUGGACAACUGCGGCCCUGCCUUCGGCCCUCGAAUCAACGAAUCAGUCGAGCCCCCCGAGCUCCCUGGCGAUAAGAAGCCUACUCCUCUCCCCAUUGAGGAAGAAUCCGCUGCCGCACCGGCGCCGGAAGGCUCGUCGGUCGCCCGUCGCUGGCUGCAGCCCGAGCAGAUUGGCGAGGAGUAUUCGUACUGCCGUACCUGCCCUAGCAGCGCGUCCGGCUCGAACUGCCGUGUCGUCAAGGUCUACGAGUAUAACCAGACUGUGGUUAGUCAGUGCACUUUGGGUAAUGACGAAGGGCGAUGGAUGUUGACCACGGACUGGUGCUAUGUUAAUGGCACUGACUUCUGGGAGCCUCCCUGGGAUCAAUAA